UUCUAUCACCAUCACUAUAUAAGCAUCACCACUUACCUCAGUGUAUUACAUCAAGCAAGAAGAGACUCCUGAUUAGAUUGCACGAAACUCCAGAACUAUGGCUCGUCAGACUGAAGUGGUGUUUGUUCUUCUUCUCGCCAUGGCAGCAACAGCUUUUGGAAAACAGGACUCAUGCUGUCCAGAUGGCUGGGUGAAAUUUGGAGGACGUUGCUUCAAGUAUCAGGCCACCAGCAUGGACUGGGCUUCUGCUGAGAAAUACUGUCUGAAUAUUGGUGCAAACUUGAUCUCAAUACACAACGAGGGUGAAUAUCAGCAGGUCAAGUCCAUUAUCCGUGCUCAAGACCCCCAGGAGAAACCAACAUGGAUUGGACUUUCUAGCUGUCAGAAGAAACUGAACUGGUUUUGGUCUGAUGGCACCCAAUUAACUUUCACCAAGUGGAAUCCAGGUGAACCAAAUUCUCCAACUGAAGAGUUCUGUGUGCAUAUGAACUAUGGUGCCACGAAGAACUGGAAUGACAUUCGGUGUGAUCAGAGCUAUCCCUUUGUGUGUGUCAAGAGAAUUGUCUGAAAUGCUCCCAGCCACACCUCACCAACUAUAAUACAAUGUUGGAAAUUUUUUCCUUGCUUUUCUUUGUGGAAUUUUUUCCUUGCUACAUUUAAGUUACCAUACUUUCAGCAAAAAAAAAAAUCUAAAAAUAAAUAAAUAAAUGAAUGAAUAAAGGUUC